CUGAAGCCCGAGACCCAGGCCGACCCCCGGGAAGCGGGAAAGGUCGAGAUGUAGAGCAGAGCACCGAGGGACAGGCAGGCUCGCUCCCGUCGCACUGCGGAGGUCCCGGCCCCUUUAAACCUAGCAGGCCUCUCCGUGGCACCACCGGGCCUAAUAUGGCCGCUCGCGCUGGGACUAGCCUGGCGCGCACAGCCGGGCCGAGGUCCGGAGCCUGGGACUGUUCCCGGCAUUCCUCGCGGGCGUGGCGUGGGCUCUCGUCCCCCAUCUCCAGGUCCCGCGAGAGGGAGACCCUCGGGCUUUGAGGUAGUAUGGCCCUGAUUGAGGUGGAGCGAAAGUUUGUUCCUGGGCCUGAAACAGAGGACCGGCUGCAGGAGUUGGGGGGCACCCUGGAGCACCGGGUCACCUUCCGAGACAGCUACUAUGACACCCCUGAGCUGAGCCUGAUGCGUGCUGAUCACUGGCUGCGACAGCGAGAAAAUAGUGGAUGGGAGCUCAAAUGUCCUGGAACGGCAGGUGUCUCAGGACCCCACACUGAGUACAGGGAACUCACAGAUGAACCUACAAUUGUGGCCCAGCUCUAUGAGGUGCUGGGGACUGAGGUCCUGGGGGCUGGAGGUGUGAUUGCUGUGCUGGGCCCACUGGGGCUGCAGGAAGUAGCUAGUUUUGUGACAAGUCGUAGUGCCUGGAAAGUGGUGCUAUCCAGAGUUGACAAAGAGGAGCAUUCACUCAAAGUGGACCUGGAUACAGCCGACUUUGGCUAUGCUGUGGGUGAAAUAGAGGCCCUGGUGAACGAGGAGGCUGAAGUCCCGGCUGCCCUAGAGAAGAUCAACAAGCUCAGCAGCAUGCUUGGUGUGCUGGCACAGGAGAAGGCACCUGCCAAGCUGAUCAUGUACCUACAGCGUUUCCGGCCUCAGGACUAUCAGCGCCUGCUAGAAGUACACAGCUCCAGAGAGAAGCCGCAGGGAACUAAAGAUGCCCGACAGUAGCCUAGGCUAGGGUGUCACUUCAACAACAACAGGGAAGAGAACUCUGAGCCUAAUAGGGUUCAUUCCU